AUGUAUAAUUUAUCAUACCUCACAAACAACUGUUCCGCAUUUCCUAGUCUCCCCGUCAACCCCCACCCGCCGAGCAAUGCAGAAGCGCCUUGGCACCGUCUCCGUAGCAGCGCACGACCACCACCACCAGUCCCAAUAGCAGGACCCGAGCCGGCCCAUCCCACUCCCGCGCUCUUUUUCCUCAUCAAACGGCGCGGAAGUCUGCCUGUCUCCGAAAAUACCCCAGCGGAAACCCAGGAGGACUACCAACACCCCUCGUUUGCCGACGAAGAUAACAAGAAACGCAAAGUCCGAUUCAAACGCGACAUCUUCUGUUUGGAGUUUGACCAGCUCCCGCUCUCUCGCCAGCCCAAGCGGGCCAAAGUCCUCCAGGAAGACCACGGGCCCGAUCCCCGGCCCGAUCCAGCUACUAAACGGAAAGGACAGCGGAGGAACACGGUCUCCGAGGAGUUGUGGGAUCCGGAGGAGCCAAGUGGGCGGGUGGGAGAACGUCAGAUGUACCCGGCCUUCGCCACGGUCAACCUCAGCGGCCUCUUGCUCUCCAACACUCCUCCCCCCAAUCCCGCCGAUGCCGCCCAUCUUCCCUCAGGUACCGCUGUCGACCCUUGCUCCAUCAUCCCUGCUUCUCCUCUCCUCUUGACACCGGUCUCCUUUCCUGGACCGCCGCCCGCCUCUCUUCUCACUGAGCUUCCGCACUAA